CGUAUGUAUGCGUUGAUUUGGUCGUAUUAUCCCAGUUGUCAAUAAUUUCCUGUACUAGUUUUUAGUUUUGUAUGAAGAAAGUCGAGUAAUUAUUGAUAUUUAUAUUAUAAACAAGCGCAUGUUCCGUUCAUUUGUUUACAAAAUGCGUAUUAGCUAUAGGGUUAAUGAAUGAGUGACACAGGUAGUGAGUCAGACGAGGCGACCGAGCGUACGGCACUCAUGGACGGCCACAUCGCAGAAGCUCGUCCCGACAGGGAGAUCGCCGAAAGGAUCGCCAGGAAAAAGAAAACAAAAUCGGACACCCAGCGCACUUAUGGCGUGAGUAACACGAAUAGUGUGGAACAAAAUGAUGGUGGAGGGUCCAGUGGGCCCAGCAGGCCUGGGCCUAGCGGGCCUAACCCACCGCAGCCAACGGAGCCACAGAUUGAAGAGUUGGAGCUGAAGUAUGGUGCUCGGCAUGUGAUCAAGCUAUUUGUACCUGUUACACUGUGUAUGCUGGUGGUUGUAGCUACAAUAUCAACUGUCAGCUUUUACUCUGUUAAAGAUGUAUAUUUAGCAUACACACCAUUUCAUGAAGAAAGUCCUCACGCAGUGACCAAAGUAUGGAACGCACUGGCCAACUCCAUGAUCCUACUGUGUGUGAUCGCACUGAUGACCGUGCUGCUCAUAGUGCUGUACAAGAAGAGAUGUUACAAGAUCAUACACGGCUGGCUCAUUCUCUCCUCCUUGAUGUUGCUGUUUUUGUUCUCAUAUUUGUAUAUAGAAGAAGCGUUAAGAGCCUACAACAUCCCAAUGGAUUACAUAACGCUAGGGUUUGUCAUGUGGAACUUUGGUGUCAUGGGCAUGAUCGUGAUCCACUGGAAGGGCCCCCUGCGGUUACAGCAGGCCUAUCUGAUCUUCAUCGCUGCACUAAUGGCACUUGUGUUCAUCAAAUAUCUGCCGGAGUGGACGACAUGGGCAGUACUGGCUGUUAUAUCUAUUUGGGAUCUAGUAGCAGUAUUGACUCCAAAGGGCCCUCUGAGGAUAUUAGUUGAAACAGCUCAAGAAAGAAAUGAACCCAUCUUCCCGGCUCUCAUUUACUCAUCGACGGUGAUGUACUGCCUCGUGGGGACGACGACGACGACGGGCGAAGGUGAGCCCCGGGAGCUGCGGCCUCUCAACCACGGUGCCGCGGGCGAAGGCCGAGCCGCGGCGCGGCCGGCGUCGGGCGCGGACGGGGACGGCGGCUUCGACGCGGCGUGGGCGGCGCGGCGCGACGCGGGCCGCGACUCCGGGCGCGAGGCGCGGCGCCUGCGCGUGGACGGCACGCAGCCCGCCAACUAUACUACACGCGUCGAGCGCCCCGCGCCGCCGCCACCGCCAACAGAUAUGGAGGAGGAGAAGGGCGUGAAGCUGGGUCUGGGCGACUUCAUAUUCUACAGCGUGCUCGUCGGGAAGGCCAGCUCCUACGGCGACUGGAACACUACACUCGCUUGUUUUGUUGCUAUACUUAUUGGAUUAUGCCUAACCCUCCUCCUGCUGGCGAUUCUCAAGAAGGCGCUACCAGCGCUGCCCAUCUCCAUAACGUUCGGUCUCAUCUUCUACUUCGCGACGCGCGGCGUCGUGAAGCCCUUCGCGGACGCAUUAGCUGCCGAACAGGUCUUCAUAUAGCUACCGCCCCACACACUAGAUAUCAAUUAAUGAAGGCGAUUCCUUCCAGUUACUGAUUAUCGUUGAACGUUUGUAAACCUUAAUGCGAUGGCAUAAGGUCUACCUAAGGUUAGUUGUGUUGCGAGGAUGUUAGCAGGGCGAUGAAAUGUUCACUUACUUGUGCACGCUUAUUGGUAUCUAACCUUUGCAGUUUUGUAUAAAAUAAAUGAUCUUGAUGAAAUCCGAUCCGAUUUAUUAGAAAACUCAGUAUUGGCUUUUAGGUUACAGUUAUUGAUCUCACUUUUUGGCUAUAUUUAAAUUAUUUGACCUCAACUAAGAGGGUAAUACGGUAUUCUUGCUUGAUGGUUACAGAAGCUACCUACCCUGACUGAACACAGAUGGACCUUAUGUCUUUGCAAUAAGGUUUAAGAAUUGUCAGUUAUAGUGCAAACCAAACUGACGAUGGGGGUCAUAUCUCCAUCUCUCUCACCCUACCUUCCAUCAAGCGAGCGUGAAUGAGAAGUUUUACGAUCGUCAGUUUGGUUUGUGUCUAUUAUAGCAGUAUCAGGAUUAACUUAUCUGCGCGGAGUCUCGUGUUAAGUCACCAAAAAGUAUAGCGCGCACGAUUGAGUGAAUAUGUCGCUAAUACAAAUUAUGAUUAAUAAAUAACUAAUACCCAGGGAAUUAUCUUGUAAUAUCUACGCAUAGAGCGUAUACGUAACCAAUACACUUCAUGCCUUCUUAUGAAGCCUUAUAGGACUUGCAGCUACCUAAUAUGGUAAGUAGGAAAUUUGUAAACACUGUCGAUUAUGACACGGUAGUCAGUCUUGUCUAACAAUUUUAUUUAUUGUAUUGAAUAAUGAGUAAAUGAAUUUUAAUUUUAGAGUUUACAGAUGCGAUCUUCUCUAGGUACAGACAUAAUGAAACACCGGAAAUACACUAAGUAACAUUCUUGUCUUCGAUUAUUUAUUUGGUAAGCUAUGAAUCACAGAAUUAUACUUUUAUUGAGCGCAAUAGGAUUUUUAUAUUAGUGUUAACAUAGAUAAGUUUUACACUAAUAUUAGUUGCUCACAGCCGAGAAAAUCUAUAGACUCGAAAAGUACUAUUAGGAGAUUUAAAUGUUUACCAAAUAAUUCAAGUGACAAUUAACUCUUAAAGACUGACAAUUCCAGGUAAAAUCGCAGUGUCUAACCAAAUGAAUGUAGAUAUACUCUUUAAGGUAUACGUAGUGUUAGUAACAAAAAUGGAAUGAAUAUAAUACAAGCGACACAUCAACAGCAACUAGUAUAUAAACGCCGAAAACCGGUUCCGAUAAGUAGACAGUUCAAAAUGUUAAAAACCUAACCUAAGAUUACUUGCGUUACGUAACAUUUUUACUUAAGUUUCAAAAUAAUUGUUAACAUUCCAUUAGUUUUAUGCCUUAAUUCUUAAAUAGAUUGUUCCUUUCUGCCUAUCAGGUUUUUUGUUCCUUAUGUACCUGUAUAUUAUGGAGAACGACAACAUACAUAAACUCGGAAAAUCUAUCCUUGAUUCUUAUCACUGUUUCUAGCCCUGACCGAAUUAUCCCUAUAAUAUAUAUACUUUAUUUAUAUGCAGUUUUGUUUAAUCUUUUACUUGCAGGAAUGUCAUUUAACAAUCGUUUCAUAUAAGUGAAAUGUUAGCAGCAGACAUGACAUACUGCAGAAGCCAUCUUUGGUGAUGCAUAGGACAAUUUUAUUAAAAAUAUGGGCUUGCCGAUAGAACGUGUUGAGUUCUGUAAAGAAAAGCUCAUCCUUAAAUUAUAAUGUGGUUUAAAUUAUUAGCUAGGAACUUUGUAAAGCAAAUUAGGUAAUAUAACUUUUGAUAUAACAACAA